GGUAUUCCGAUUUCCAGCAUAUGAGGAGCGCAUCCAAGCUCUUGUCUCCCCAUCCUAUUCCCCGCCCGUCAUCCGCCGGGCUCUUCUUCUCCCGCUGCAAAUCCUCCCUGCGACACCCACCCUUAGCCUCCCCUCCUUCCCUUUAUCAAAUCAUUACAGAGAUUUUUCCAAUUCAAAACAGGGACACGCAAGAUGUUUGUCAAAAUGUCCCAGCAAGUAAUAGCACUUUUCAAACCAUUGAAAGAGGAAAGACACGACUGAAUGCAUGCGCAUUGGAAGAAAUUAGCUCAGUCGUUCAAAAGGUAACUGAAAUAAUCCGGUCAGAUAACCAGAUUCCCUUGGAGCUGCGCUUGAAUGAAUUGAGAAUUGUAUUCACUCCUGAGAUUGUGGAUAUGGUGCUGAAGAGGUGCUUCAAAGUAGGCAGUAUAGCUCUUAGAUUCUUCCACUGGAUAAAGCUGCAGCCUGGAUUUUGCCACACAACAGAGACUUACAACACCAUGGCUUACAUUGCAGGUGAAGCUGGUGAAUUUGAUUUGAUGGAGAAGCUGAUGGAGGAUAUGGAUGCUGACUUGUGUUUGAAGAACAUUAAGACGUGGACAAUUCUUAUUUCGCAUUAUGCAAAUGCGAAGAAGAUUGGUAAAGCUCUGUGGACGUUUGAGGAAAUGAGGAAAUCUGGAUGCAAGAUUGAUAAUAGCGUUUAUGAAGCAAUUCUUAGGGGGCUUUUCAGUACCAGGAAGGCAGAACUAGCAUUUGAGUUCUACAAAGAGAUGGUUUUGAAGAAACUGAAAGUUGAUAUUAAGAUUUAUGCAAUGCUAAUGGAUUGUCUGUCUAUUGCUGGUGAUAUUGGCAAUGUAAGGUUGGUUGCAGAAGAUAUGAUAAAGAUUGCAGAGCUCCCGGAAACUGAAGUGUUUACAAUCAUGAUGAGGAGCUUUUGCAUUUCUGGGAAUGUGGAUGAAGCCCAGAAGUUGUUUGAGGAGAUGACGGCGAGAAAUAUGUCUAUUGAUUCAAAUGUUUAUGAGGUGUUAGUGAAAGGCUUGUGUAGAGCUGGAAGGAUGGAUGAAGCCAUGGAGAUUGUGGGUGAUAUGAAGCAUAUUUUGAAUGCUGGUAAUAGGAUUUAUGGGUGUUUAAUUGAUGGAUUUUUGAGAAAAGGUAAAGUUCGGAAAGCCUUGGAACUGUUGCAUGGUAUGCAAGAACAUGGCUGUUUACCAAUGGUUUCCUCUUAUACUCAAGUUCUCCAACAUCUUUUCAGAUUAGAUCAAUAUGGAAAAGCUUGUCAGAUAUAUGAGGAAAUGUUGGAGAAUGGCAUUGAGUCUGAUAUUGUGGCAACCACAGCAUUGGUUGCUGGUCAUGUCCAACAUAACAACAUCUCUAAAGCAUGGAGCGUUUUCAAUGACAUGAAAAGUAAAGGCAUGAUGCCUACUUGGAAGGCGUAUUCGGUUUUCAUUAAAGAACUUUGCAAAGCUUCAAAACCCAAUGAAGCUUUUAAGCUACUAAUUGAAAUGUCUGCUUGUAAGAUAAAUCCAACUGAUCAUAUUCUCAGGCUGGUUAUCAGUUCCUUAACUAGAAAUGGUGAACCGGAGAAAGCAAGAAUAGUUGAGCAGCAGUGCAGAUCCUUCAAACUCAUUCACAGAGAGGGUGAACAAUUAAACCAUUUAGCUGAGCAUCAACCUUUUCGUGAAGGUCGGGAGAUUUCAGUCUGUUCGUCUGAUCAGAAUUUGGUUUGUAGACAGCCACAAAACACAUUUGAUGUGAACAAUGCCGAAGAACUUGUCAGAGUCUUAUCGUCAUCAACCAAUAGUGAUCAAUUGCUACAAAAACUGGAUAGAAUUGCAAUUACUUUCAACACAUUUGAUGUGAACGAUGCCGAAGAACUUGUUAGAGUCUUAUCCUCAUCAACCAAUAGUGAUCUAUUGCUACAAAAACUGGAUAGAAUUGCAAUUACUUUCACACCCGAACUCGUACUGGCAGUUCUGCAAAGAUCUCAAAUACAUGGCUGUGCUGCUUUGCAAUUUUUUUCUUGGGUUGGUAAGCAGCCCAAUUACAGCCACACCCCUGAAACAUAUAAUAUGGCUAUCAAAAUCUCUGGCAGUGGGAAAGAUUUUAAGCAUAUGAGAAGCCUUUAUCAGGAAAUGAGGAGAAGGCAUUGCUCGAUAGAGCCGAAUACAUGGACAAUCAUGAUAUCUAAAUAUGGCCAAGCUGGUCUUACAGAAAUUGCUUUGAAUACUUUCAAGGAAAUGAAGGCUGAAGGUUAUCAACCAAAUGGCGCCACCUUCAAGUUUCUGAUUAUCUUUCUUUGUGGAAAGAAAGGUCGAAAGUUGGAUGAGGCAAUCAAAUUAUUCCAACAAAUGCUGUCUUCAGGCUUCAUGCCAGAUAAAGAGAUGGUUGAUAUUUUUCUUUCUGCCUUAUGUGAGUCAGGAAAAUUUGCAGAAGCAAGAAGAGCAGUUAAUUCUUUAUGCAGAAGAGGGUUUAAAAACCAGAUUGGUUAUUCUCUUCUCAUCAAGUCUUUAUGCAGGGCAGGGAAAGCUGAAGAAGCUGUUAGUCUAACCAAUGAACUUGAAAAGCUUGGAUGUAAGGUAGAUCAGUACAUUUAUGCAAGCAUUGUUCAGGCACUUUUAAGAGAUGGCAGAUUAGAUGCGGCCUUAGAUAAGUUGGAUGACAUGAAAAGAGCUGGAAUUCCACAGUCAGUGCAGAUAAACACAUCAUUGAUUGCCCAUUUUUUCAAGCAGCGGCAGAUCAAAAAGGCAAUGGAGAUAUAUAAGAAGAUGAGAGAAGAAGGUUGUGAGCCAACUGUUAUUACGUACUCAGCUUUAAUUCGUGGGUACGUGAACAUGGGGAUGUUCUCAGAUGCCUGGAACAUCUUCCUUCGUAUGAAAGUUAAAGGGCCCUUUCCUGAUUUUAAGACUUACUCAAUGUUCAUGACUUGUCUCUGUAAACAAGGCAGGUCUGAAGAUGCAUUAAAACUUAUUCAAGACAUGUUGGAGAGCAAGAUCAUCCCUAGUGCAAUCAAUUUUAGGACUGUUUAUUAUGGAUUAAAUAGAGAGUGUAAGCAAGAUCUAGCUCACAUUGUACUUAGGAUGAAGUGGAGUUUGAAAAAAGAAAGAAUGCAUUCAGUAUAACAGUACAUAUUUCAUAUUUGUGUACAUGAAUCAUUCAAUUGCAUGGAUUAAAAUUGAAGCCAUCAUGUUGAAUCCGAAAUUGUCGAGGAGGCAUGCCUAAGGUAUAGAGCAUCACAGAGAGGAGAGUAGAGAGAGAGAUA